GAAACAUUUACGAGGACUUUCGCAAUCGCAAAUCCGAUAUUUUGAGCUUUUCUAAGCCAAGAAACCUUCGACAGGAUGGGAAACAUGUUGUGCUGCAAGAAGCGCCCGGGAAUCAUCCAGGGCGACAUCAAAGAUGGUUCCGCGUUUGCCAACGCUAAAGGCCAGUUGGCCUCCACCAAGACCAAAGUCGGCACUGGGUACAACUUCUUUUGCUAUUUUUCUAUUCGCAUGCCCUCAAACAAUUCGAGUUCUUUUCUGUUUAAAUUCUAAUUCACGUCCCUUCACUUGUACAACUGCUUUCUUACAGCUGUUAGAAAGUUUAGCAGUUGUAAAGUUCGUUAAAGUCUUGUCUUUCCUAAACAUCACAUAACAGGGCUGCCGAUCCCAAUGCCGUCAAAGCGAUGGAGGGAAUCUACACCCAGGUUAAUGGCGAUUUGAACCAAUUAGCGUCUAAAACUGGAGCCAAUUUGGGUGCUCUUAAAAAGAAGCCGCCGACCAGCGCCAAGGACUUCGCUACUAACCUUCUGCAGGGUGCCUACUCGUAGGAGUCGAAAGCUGCGUUGAAGUCUAGUUACAUCUUCAUCUAGGUACUUUCGUAGGAGUCGAAAGGUGUGUUAGCAGAUUCUACGAAGUAUCUGCUAACUUUUACCCACGCUAAGUGAAGAGUAGAUGAGUAGAUCUACUUUUGCUUGCGCUGAGUAAGUGAGUAGAUGAGUAGAUGUAGGCUAUCAACAUAGGUACAUGUUUCACAAAUGAUAAGAAGACAUAUUAAGCUAUAAUUGUUUUGUCGAAGAAUAAGAAAAGGUAUAUCUGGUCUUGCUGAACAUGGACUGCUAGUGGUCACUUUAGUCGCACAUCGUAGUUGUUGUAAGUCUAAGCAGCUGCUUCGUUGACGGAAGGGUGUGACUACAGGGACGACACUAGACGGGGAAUUUUUUACGGAGUAUUGUAUUUGUUUAUCUAUUUUUGGAACAACUCUGAUUGUAAGAAAUUGAAAAAUAUAGUCCGCGCGCCAAAGAAACCAUGAUAAGAAUUGAACUAAAUAAUGGAAAUACGAGAAUGUGCUUAUCAUGUUGUAUAAUCGAAAAUAUAACCUAACGCUCCGCAAUACAAGAUAGAAUAAUGAACGCUCUUCACAAUGCGAACCUUUGAUCGCACAGGAAGCACAUUCUACAUAAUUAAUGAAAUACCAGUAGUAGAACUAUUCGAAGAUCGUCAACAUAAAAAGUCAUCAUCGUCAUGAUCAAUAGAUAGAGUAAUGAGAGGGUGGGAACAAGAACAGCGUGACUCCGGACCUUGUACUUCUAGUUGCAUAGAGAUGAAGAUCGGCAUAUCAUGAGUAGUCACAGAAGCAUUUGCCAUUACCAGGGCUAGAAGUUCCUCACAAAAAAGACCAAAAGGAGAGCUUGUGGGUGAACGAAUUAUGGUGUGUACU